CUACGGAACGUAAUCAGCGCCGGACCGAUCGGUGACUGCGGAACAAACACUUGCCCUUAAACUGCAUGCAGUGCCAUUGACCUUAUCUCUUGUCAGAAUUAUUAUUGCAAUUACAAAAAUAGCAUAACAGGAUGUCUCUCGCGGCAGAGGCGUUCGUGUCGCAGAUGGCAGCUGCUGAGCCUUGGCCUGAAAAUGCAACCUUGUACCAACCGCUGAAGGAGGAUCAGAUUCUGCUGUCAGACUGUGCGUCAUCUCUUGCAGUUCAGGCCUACCUCAAAAUGUGUGGACUGCCAGUGCAGGUGGUGUGCAGAGCAAAUGCUGAAUACAUGUCACCUUCUGGCAAAAUUCCCUUUAUCCACGUAGGCAACCAGGUGGUGUCAGAACUGGGACCAAUAGUGCAAUUCACCAAAGCUAAGGGUCAUUCUUUGAGUGACGGCUUAGAUGAUAUUCAGAGAGCUGAAAUGAAAGCGUACAUGGAGCUGGUCAACAACAUGCUGCUCACUGCUGAGUUGUACAUCCAGUGGUGUGACACAGCCACAGCUGCAGAGAUCUCUCGUCCCAGAUAUAGCAGUCCUUACUCCUGGCCUCUCAGUAACAUCCUGGCAUAUCAGAAGCAGUGGGAGGUACGCAGGAAGAUGAACGCCAUUGGCUGGGGAGGAAAAUCGCUGGAGCAGGUUUAUGAAGAUGUGAGUCAGUGCUGCCAGGCUCUGUCUCAGAGGCUGGGAAUGCAGCCAUACUUCUUUAACAAACAGCCUACAGAGCUGGAUGCGUUGGUGUUUGGUCACCUCUUCACUAUUCUGACCACCAGACUGACCAGCACUGAGCUGGCAGAGAGGAUAAAGAGCUACAGCAACCUGCUGUCCUUCUGCAGACGCAUCGAACAGACCUACUUUGAAGGCAAGAACGCUUGAAGGACUGAGAAGAACCUCUCUGUUUGUGUAUUAUCUGAACUUGUACAUUCUGUCAUUCCCCUGCCUCUAGCAAUGAGAAUCUAAAAACUGAUUAUAUUCACACACACGCCCCGUUUUUAUUUUCUCCCUUUUUGCUUCCUGCUUGUAUAUUGUUGCAUACGGCUGCUAAGACUCCAAAAGAGCCAGUUCUUUUAAGAAUUAAUGUAAGGCGACUGCGUAUAAAUAAAUGCACCAGAAUGGAAGUGGUUUACUGUGCCGCCAGGUUUUUCCACCACUAAACUACUCCAAAAAACACAGCAUCAUUCUUAAGGGUAUUUGUGCGAUCUAAAUAAAAGCACGUAACACAUUUCUCAUAAAAACUGUGAGGUCACGUUCUUGUCAGUAACCAGCUGAACUGCUAACACAUGUGGUUCGAGUAUUGUGGCAAUUAAACGUUGCAGGGUGAACACUUGCUGAGACGGAGGUGUAUACUUAUUUAUUUAUACUUUGGUUUUCCAUUUUUUGCACUUGGUUCCACAGUGUAUGCUGUCUACUUUCACGUGUUAUCAUUGAGUAUUUCCAAUCACCCACAGACUUGAACGCUUCCGUAUAGCUUUCACAGCUGUGUGCCAUGACAGCCUUUCAGGAGGCACCACUCCUCACGACCCGGGUUUCAGGUCAUAUGGCUCACUGUGUUUUUUUUUUUUUUUUUUUUUUUGUGCGACUUGAGAAGCUUAAAAGAAAUGUGAAACGAGUGUAGUUAUACCCUGAAAAUCCAGCGCUUGAUUUUGUUCUUGUAGGACUAAUUAAAGCAAAACACACAAACAUAAUGAUUAAAAGGAUGUGAUAUAUUACUAAGUUUUUUUGAAUUGUUUUAUUUGUGUGAAUGGAAAGUGCCUAUAUAAUAAAAGACGUUCAGCUCAA